AUCAACUGAUAAACAGUUUUGCAGGUUAGAAAAUUUGAAUAGGAACAUGCUAAAAAACAAAAAGUGGCAAAUUCAAAAGAUAGAUUAAGAAAUCAAAGAUGCUCCCAUUAUCAAUUUCAUCUCCUUUACUCUCCUAAAAACUUCAUUGAACCACCAAACACACUUCAUAAAUCAUAAUUACAUGCCACCAUUUCCUAAUUAUGUUGCUAAUUCACAUUAUUAUUAACUCUUUUGCUUAAUUUUUACUCUUUCUUCAAAAUCAUUCCUUUUCAUACUUCAAUCUUAGCACAGUACCCCAGUUCAAAUCUUCAACUAAAGCUUGUAUUUAAGCAAUACCCAAGAAAUGGUAAAAGGGUCAAGCUCAAAAGCCAUGGAUAAGUCUAAAAAGCAAAAGGGCACAAGUUCGAACCCUACCAACGACGUAAAAAUUGAGACAUUUGUUCCAAAGAGAGAUCAUGACCCAAGAGAUUUAAGAUCUUGGGCUAAAAGAACUGGGUUUGUCUCACUUUUCUCUGGUGAAUCAACUGCUUCAACUUCAAAUACUAGGAAUAAUUUAAGGAAUGAAAGAGUUGGGAAUGAUUCCAUUGAGGAGAGAGAAAAUGAUGGUAAUAGAAAAAGAGGGGAAACAGAUGCUGAAAUUCAGCCACUUGGUAAUGGAAUCCAAAGGAAUAGGAAUGGGAAUGGGAAUGAGGAAAGGAGGGAAUUCAAUGAGAAUACAGAUGUUUUGGGGUCUAUAAAUGAGGAAAGGAGAGUUGGGGUGGAUGAGAAUGGUAAUAAUGGAGGUGGGAAUGAAUUUCAUGAAGGUCAAAAUAUGGAGUUUAAUGGUGAAAAUGAAGGGGGUUUGUAUGGGAAGUCCCCUAAUUUAGAAGACCCAAUUUUGAGAAGACAGCCUAAGGUUUUUAAAGUUAAAAGUGGGAUUUUGGAUAAUCCUGGUUUUGUUCCAGUAAUCUAUUAUGGUUUCCAGCAUUAUUUCUCAAUUGCUGGUUCACUUGUUUUAAUACCUCUUAUAAUGGUACCAGCAAUGGGCGGAACUGAUAAAGAUACAGCAAAUGUAGUGUCCACAGUGUUGCUGGUGUCUGGCAUCACAACGCUGCUGCAUUCAUUCCUUGGGACUCGUCUUCCUUUGGUACAGGGAGGCUCAUUUGUAUAUUUGGCUCCAGCACUAGUUAUUAUGAACUCUGAGGAGUUUCGCAAUCUUACACAGCAUAAAUUCAGGUACAUAAUGAGAGAACUACAAGGGGCUAUUAUGAUUGGGUCACUUUUUCAGUGCAUGUUGGGAUUUAGUGGUCUUAUGUCUUUGCUAUUAAGGUUGAUUAACCCGGUUGUGGUUGCACCAACAAUGGCCGCUGUAGGUUUAGCAUUUUUCAGCUACGGGUUUCCUCAAGCUGGCAGUUGUGUUGAAAUAAGCAUACCCCUAAUAGUGUUGCUUCUUUUCUUUACCUUGUACAUUCGGGGAGUAUUUAUAUCAGGCCAUCGAAUUUUCCAAAUUUAUGCGGUGCCGCUUAGUAUUAUGAUUGUAUGGACAUAUGCUCUCUUUCUGACAGUUGGGGGAGCCUAUAACUUCAAGGGUUGCAGCCCCAACAUCCCAAGUUCGAACAUACUGGUUGAUGCAUGCAUAAAGCACGCAUAUACCAUGAAGCACUGCCGUACAGAUGUUUCAGAUGCAUGGAGUACUUCUGCUUGGGUCCGGAUUCCAUACCCAUUGCAAUGGGGCAUCCCUAUCUUCCGCUUCAGGACCUCUAUAAUUAUGAUCAUCGUAUCACUCGUUUCAUCAGUAGAUUCGGUUGCAACAUAUUAUUCUGCAUCAUUAAAAGUCAAUUCAAAGCCUCCAACCCCAGGAAUUGUGACUAGGGGAAUUGGGAUGGAAGGUUUUUGCAGUUUACUGGCUGGACUAUGGGGUACCGGAACUGGAUCAACAACUUUAACUGAGAAUGUGCAUACAAUCAGCAUAACUGAGGUAGCAAAUCGAAAGGGUGUACAGCUUGGUGCUGUUCUUUUAAUUUUGUUAUCUUUUAUAGGAAAAGUAGGUGGUAUCCUUGCUUCCAUUCCACUAGCACUUGCUGCAUCUGUGUUGUGCUUCAUUUGGGCCCUCACUGUAGCUCUCGGUCUCCUAAAUUUGCAAUUUACUCAAGCAUCUAGUGUCCGAAACAUGGGAAUAGUCGGUGUUUCCUUGUUUCUUGGAUUGUCCAUCCCUGCAUACUUCCAGCAAUUUCAACCUGAGAUAAACCUGAUUCUUCCCAGUUAUCUAAUUCCAUAUGCAGCAGCAUCAAACGGGCCAAUUCACACUGGCAAUAAACAAUUUGAUUUUGCCAUGAAUGCUCUCUUGUCUAUGAACAUGGUGGUGAGCUUCUUGAUUGCUUUUGUUCUAGACAACACCGUUCCUGGCACCAAGCAAGAACGAGGGGUAUAUAAGUGGUCAACUUCUGAAGAUUUGGCAACAGAUGCUUCUUCCCAAGCCAGUUACAAGUUUCCUAGUGGAGUUAGUCGUGCUUGUUGCUGGGCAAAGUGUCUAGGUGUAUAACCUCAGCAGUUGGUUCGUGCUGCUUCUUUGGGCUUUUGCUUCUUUUUGGCCGUCUCUUGAACUUUUGGGUCUCGUGGUAUGGCUCAACUGGGUGAAGGGUUUCCUACAAUUAAUUCACCCGAUUUUGGGAUUAUUGAUCUAGAGCUUAAAUAGAGUUAAGGAAAUUGCACAAGCAUACUAGUUCAUUAUAGGAAACAAAUGAAAAGUCUAUGUAUUGACAUAAUAUAAAGUGUAUGUCACAUGCCUUGCAAGUUACAAGAGUAGAGUGUGAAGUAGGAAGUGUGAAUUAAUUUAAAGAGAAAGUUGAGUUUAUUCAGCAAGAUUGUAACUCAGAAAUCAAUGAAAAA